AUGGCGGGCAGUAGUGCUCAUCAUUGGUUGCAGCGUUGGAAAUAUUAUCGGAGUAUUCUUCCCGUAUGUAAUUCUUGGAGUACUGCCCAUUCAGAUAGUUUCUUGCUUGCACUCAUUAUGAACCUUAAAGGAAUCGUGGAGGUUUCCAUCCUCAACAUCUGGAUAGAUUCUCAGAAUGCAAAGGUAUGUCUGCAUAGAUUAAAAGGAAAUUUUAUAUUCGGAAAAUCAGUAAUAGUUUUCGCAGUUGUUCUGAUAUCAGCAAUCAUUACUCCCCUGGUGAAAUACCUCUAUGAUCCUUCAACAAGAUACUUGAGGUACAAAAGAAGUUCAGUUCUGCAGUCGAAGCAAAACAAGUUAGACUUCCGUGUACUUGUAUGUGUUCACACCCAAGAUGAUGUUCCUACUAUUAUCAGACUCCUUGAAGCCACUAAUCCAACAAAAUACCACCCCUUAACUCUGUACAUCCUCCGUCUUGUUGAGCUCGUGGGACGUGCUUCUCCUCUCCUUAUUUCCCACCCACGAUACAGACGCGCUUCCUCAUCAUCAAAUGCUAGCAAAUCUGAAAGGAUUGUCAAUGCCUUCCAACAACUCGAAGACCGAUACCUUAAUCUUGUUACAAUUCAAGGCUUCUCCACCAUCUCUCCAUAUGCUUCAAUGCACAACGAUAUAUGCACCAUGUCAGCUGACAAGAGGACAUCUCUCAUAAUUUUCCCUUACUGCAGACAAGAUGUAAUAAGCCUGAGGGAUGAUCUUGCCAGACCAAAUAUUUCUAAUCGUUCUAUCAAAACCCUUCUACAAAAUCUGUUGCGGAACUCCCCAUGCUCAGUCGGGAUCUUAAUUGACGGUAAAAAUUACCAAGCACAAUCGAUCCACUUCUUGCCUGACAGGCCUUUCCGUGUGACAGUACUCUUUUUUGGUGGCCCAGAUGAUCGUGAAGCAUUGGCUUUUGCAAUGAAUAUGAUCCAUCACCCGUCAGUCUUUGUUACUGUUAUAAGGUUUUAUGGUCCUACAAGUUCAUCAACACCCGGAGAAGUUAAUGAUUUUCUCGGUGGAUCGGGGAGCAUUGAUGUUCAGAGAUAUAAGUUGCUUGAUGAAGAAUUGGUUGACCAAUAUAAAAUUAACGCAAUGCAUGAUGAAACAUUGACAUAUAAAGAAGUAGACGUGAAAGAUGCUGCAGAAACAAUAUGGGCAGUCCAAUCAAUUCACGAUGAUUUUGAUCUUAUGUUGGUAGGAAGACAACAAAUCACUGAUUCAGAUAUUAUCAAUGCUUCUGUAUUUGAUGCUGAUUCGCCCGAGUUCGAAGAUCUAGGAGCUAUUGGAGACUUGGUUGCAUCUCCUGAUUAUGAUAUCAAGGGGUCCAUAUUAAUAAUUCAUCAACGGCAAGAUAUUACUUAG